GGAGCACUUUGAAUGAGUUGGACUCCAUUUGAGCGCAGGCGGAUUCCCUCGGUUCCGUUCGGGAGAUAAAACCCAUCACUCAGUGACUUACACCACCACCUUGGACUGGCUCUCCAAAGCAUUCAUCUAGGAGUUCAAGAGCUCUACGUAGACUGCUACAGCUGGAUCCAAGAUCGCUUUCUAGGCUGACUGGCAUCCGAUGCUUUCUAAGUCAGACAAUUGAGGGAAACAGAGGACUCUUGGGUGUUCCGCCACUGCCUUCACGGCAGCUCCAAAACCAUGACGGAGAGCACGCAGGAUGCCACCAGGGUGAUCCAGAGUCCACAGGGUGAAGUCAAGGAGUCAAAUGAGGCUUCGGCCACAUCUGCAUUGACAGUGGUCAAAGCCAGACCUGCAGACCUGAAGCUGAUUCGCAGCUUGUCCAAGUCAGACUCUGACUUAUUGGCGUCACCGGUUGGAGAAGAGGAAGGAGGUCUGUCUGGCCGCAGUGGGUCUGUGACUAACUGCAGCACUGGGCAGCAACCCAUGGAGCGCUCGCCUUCCUUCGCCUCUGAGUGGGAUGAGAUUGAGAAGAUUAUGAACCUGAUUGGAGCAGGCAUUGAAACGUCCAAUAACAAACAGCCCACACCAAGCACAGAUGGGGCCUGCGGUAAAGCCCUGGACCAGCCGGUCGGAGAGUGGCUGGAGCACGUGGGGCUGCCGCAGUACGAGAGCAAGUUCCUGCUCAACGGCUUUGACGACCUGCGAUUCAUGGGGAGUAACGUGAUGGAGGACCAGGAUCUCAGAGACAUGGGGAUCACUGACCCGGGACACCGGAAGAAAAUCCUCCAUGCAGCACGCAGCUUGCCCAAGGUGAAAGCGCUGGGCUGUGAUGGCAGCACCUCUCUCGCCUCCUGGCUGGACGGUCUUGGCCUGCAUGAAUAUCUGCCCAACUUUCUGUCAAGUGGAUACCGCACACUGGACUGUGUCAAGAACCUGUGGGAGCUGGAGAUCGUCAAUGUUCUUAAGAUUGGUCCCCUGGGCCACAGGAAAAGGAUCAUUGCCUCUCUAGCGGAGAGACCCUACGAGGAGGCACCGACCAAGUCCCACCGGCUCUCCCAAAUCAUGUUCCAUGACCUCCUGUCCCAGACAUCUCCCCUCAGUCAGAUGGACCCGUACACCAGUCGAUCGAUGGACAUGCUCCUGCCCCUGAGCGAGCCGGGGCGGAGACGGAGAGGAGCGGACCAAGACUGCAGCGUAUCUCUGCGCUCCUACAGCGAGAGGCCGCGAUCUGUAGACAGACAAAGUGAUCGACACAAAGAGUCGCGUUUAAACCUCCGGCCGCCGAGCCACUCUGCUACCUACGCCACAGUGUCCGCCUGGCACCACCAGCCUGAGAAACUCAUCCUGGACUCCUGCGGGUACGAGGCUACUUACCUAGGAUCAAUGAUAAUCAGGGAUCUGCGAGGGAUUGAGUCCACUCAAGAUGCCUGCGCUAAAAUUAGGAAAUCAAAGGAUUCCAGAAAGGGUCCUGUCGUCAUACUGUCCAUCACCUAUAGAGGGGUCAAGUUCAUUGAUGCAGCCACAAAGACCAUCGUUGCAGAGCAUGAGAUCAGGAACAUCUCCUGUGCAGCCCAAGACCCAGACGACCUCUGCACAUUCGCUUACAUCACCAAGGACCUGAAAAGCGGCCACCACUUCUGUCACGUCUUCAGCACCGUGGAGGUGACACAAACCUAUGAGAUCAUCUUAACACUGGGACAGGCGUUUGAGGUGGCCUAUCAGCUGGCAAUCCAGUCCAGGGCAAGACAGUAUGUCCCGCCUUCGUCUCUGGGCUCAGAGGUCAUCGAGACCAAAACCAGCCGGCCUGUGUCUCAGUCAUGGAGCAGCAUGAGGAGAUCAACAAUUGACCCUCUGGAGCUGGACGCAGACAUGCAGUCCCUGGGCAGCACCACCUGGCUCUUGGACCAGCGGGACUCCAGCAGGCGCCCCGUCAGCACCAAGUACGAGACCACCAUAUUCUGAGGCCGGAUCCCCCCACAGCCCCCUCUCCGCCCCGCCCCGCCCCGCCCCGCCCCGUCCACCCCCCAUAGUCUCCUCCUACCCUGCAUCCGGUUCUUGGUCUCCUACUCCCCCCCCCCCUCACCCACUCUCUCUUCUCUCGCUCACACACACACACACACACGAGCCCCGUGCCUUCUCACUGUGAUGGUAUACGCAUCCCUCAGGGCUGCCUACUCUUGCACCCUCUCUUUGCCCUGCCCAGUGACCUACACCAACCUCUUACCUGCCAUGAAAACACUCCUGCGGCUCUCCUGUGCCUCCCCGACUCCCCUGGCAGCCUCCCUCCCCUGUUGCUGCUGCAGCCAGUGGCGGAGCCCUGAAAUGGAUAAUCCCAGACUGAACUUUACAGUGGCCCCGCUCUCUCUCAACCAAACUGCCUCCUCCUUCUCAUCCUCCUCCUACUGGCAACUUGCAUCCACCUCCAACCCCCUGAUAGGUCCCAGAGGUUGCAUCUUUAUUAUUUUUCUUCUUUUAGAUCAUUUAAAAAAAAAAAAAAUAUCCAUAGGCAAAACAAGCAUGUUGAUUUUAUAGAUAUAUAUAUUUUUUGUACACAUCCACACUGGCUUGACAUGACAUCAACUUAGCGAUAACUGAGCAAAUGUUAGGUUGACAUUACAAGGCAUCAAGCCUUCAUGUAAUAGCAAAAGGGUCCUUGUGCUGGGAUGCUGUCAACAGGCCCUUUUGAUAUCACAGACUGAUGCAAUGAGUUUUGCCACGAUUUAAAUCCCACAUCAGUUAAAUAACCUACUCAUCAAAAGAAUGGUUCUUUUUCACAGACAAUUUUUUUUAUUUUUUUAUUUUAUUUAUUUUUUUAAUUUCCUUGAAUCAUUUGCUAUUUCAGUUGUUUUGCCCUCAAGUCAGUUAAUUUUUUUCCUUCUUCCAUCUGUAGCUUGUCCUGUCUUACCAGGCAUCUACCACUGUGAGGCACUGUGAGGAGGCUGCUUUGCUAGCAUGGGAUGCAAGAUGGACAAUUUAUCAGUGAAAGACAUAAAAAAAAAAAAAAAAAAAAAAAAAAGCAACAUGCAGCAGACAAACUUUUUUUCUACGCAUUUGUACAAUAAUCAUAACAUGAUGGAUCGUUCAUGAAUCUAUCACUGAUGUCUGAAUACAAAUGGACCAAGAACUGAACCUGACCCCCCUAUACACUUAUGGGAAGACUACUUUCCUACACUUUACCAAGGACAACAGCCUUAGUUGUCUGGCAAUGGUUUCGGUUAUAUAUAAUCAACUGAGCUGCCCCACCACCAUCACCACAGUUACACCCCACCGACUGCACGCCUCCCUCCUGCUUUUAAAAGACUGACGACACUUCUAAAUCCCUGGUGUAUUAAACUGACUGUGUUAAUAGAGAACUUCAGGCUGAGACGAAGCAGAUGUGUUUUUAUGACGGUACAGUUUUGUCCAGAUGAGGAUUCUAGUGGUAGCUCUGGCCUUGUUUUUGCCCCCCGUGCCUCUCAGCAUUCACAGUAGCACUGAGAGACUGCAAAUCACAGCGUCGUCUGUCACUUGCAAAAACACUGUGUUAAAACGUGGCACUAUCCCUUUUAAGAACUUCCUUUUUUUUUUUUUUCUUAUGGUGCAAAUGGGACAUGGUAACUCAAUUCAAUUUGUGAUGCUUUUUGACGGACACGGGCUUAACUGAAAUACUCUGGGAGGGAGCGAUUAAGGGAGGAUCACAAGGGAUCCCAACUCUGAUACAACCGAGAAGAACCAAAACCAAACCAAAACCAAAAAAAAAAAAAAAAAAAAGAGAGAGAAAUGAUGCCACCAAAAAAACAGAUUAUUUAGUGUACUGAUAUUGGUUCCACAUUACACUAUUUUGGUAAUCGACACAAAAUAUCCCCAACGUGAUUUCAUUUGACUCUACUAUAGUAAUGAGCCAAAGCACAAAGUGCUGCACAUUUCCUAACAUAGCAUCUUAUUAUCAUGAUUACAUGGGUAGUUAUCCAUGCCGUUUCACGUCAAUUUAGCACGCGCAAAGUAUGUCACUUGAAAAUAAACGGCAUUAAAAAGAAUUAAUUCCGCUACAUUUGAAGAGCCAAAUCUAAAUGUUGCUGGGUAUCGUAUCGAUGCGAAUGGAUUUGCUAUGCUGAGAACCUGACACCAUUUUUUAUUUCUCCUGCACUGUGACUCUCAAUGCUUGUCUGGAGUCUACACAUAUCUGUGGGUUCUCCUCUGUCUGCACUACCUAUUGUGCGUGCUGUAUGCCUUGUCUCUGUCUGUCCUCAUGGGGGUUUGGACUGUUACAUCACCGGCCACUGUCCCUGUUUCUAUGUGCUGCAGGAGAAGUGAGGUAUUGAGCUCCUCUCCAGAGGACAGUGUGUGAGACAGUGCUGUCUGGAGACUGACUGUUAAGAUGUGCUGGUCUGUGUGCGGUACUGUGGCUGCCUCAUUGCCACUCUGUUCUGACUGUUACCUGUUAGCUUCCACUGAUGAUGCAUGUGGCAGUGUUAUGUGUUUUGUACCCUGGAUGCACUUGGCCUGAACAGUCUUUGUAUGUACUGUAGCAGUGUCUUGUUCCAUCCCACCCAUUCACCAUCCGCUUUUUCUGUUCCCUCUCUUCGUUGACCCAUUACAGCAACUCACCUCAUCCAUCCACCUGCUCACUGUCGUCAUUCCUCCAAAAAAAAAAAAAAAAAAAAAAAACAACAACACUUUG